AUUAACAUCAGACAGAAACGCAAAUUGAAGACACAAUAAUCCUCAGUUGCUACCAACACUGCAUUCGUCGAAACAGUAACAUAUUGCCAAAGUGCACUCCGCUGGAAAUACAGUUGUACCGAGUUCGACAGAUUCACAACCGUAAUGGACGCUCUCAUCCCGUUCACGACUUCUGGUUCACUGGUUGACCUUGUUGACAAGAAAGUCCUCGUUAUCUUGCGAGACGGGAGGAAGUUGAUAGGCUUGUUUAGGAGUUACGACCAAUUUGCCAACUUCCUUCUUGAAUCGUGUGUAGAGAGAUUACACUACAAACUUGAAUAUGCAGACAAGGAUAUUGGAGUGUUGUUAGUGCGAGGAGAGAACGUUGUGGCUUUAGGAGAAAUUGAUCUGAUAGCGGAAGAUAUGGUACCUUUACAACAAGUAAAUGUACAAGAAAUCGAGGAAAAGAUAUCCGCUGAGAACAAACAACGAGAACGAGACCACGCUGUAAAAGAAUCUGUGUUAUCAAAGAUGGGCUUUGUGAACGAGGGCAAGGAGGGCGAUGCAUACUAGCUGCGGUAUGCGGAUGACGAAGGAUACUGGUCGAUACUUGACUCUGAGAUAGGCCAAAGGAGGGAUCACCGAUCCACCAUCAGAAGUCCGGUCAACCAUCGUGUUUCCUU